CUGCAUCAUUCACCUCGAUGCCCAAAGACGGCGGCGCCCAUCACGUGAUACCGGACAAAGAUGGCGGCUACCGGGACGGGGUCGGUGUUGUCGGUUUCUGGCGGUUUUUUCGUGCCUCCCGCGCGCCCCCGUGCCAGUGGUGCUAUUCCGGUGCACCCGCACCGGAAGGCGCCUCGGAAAAUUGUUUUUAAAGUGCGGGAUCGGUGUCGAAAUUUCGAUCAGGCAGCUGACAGGACGGCUAAAGGGAGCAAUGAUACAGAUACGGCAUUUUGUGACCUCUACGAGCACAGAGCAAGCGCCGCGGGAACGCGCUGGGGAGUGCACGGCACAGGCAGCUUCCCCUGGAACCGCUUCCUCCUCCCCGUUUGAGCCCGCCCUACCGCAGAGACCGCGGCGAUAUAGAGGCGACGCCGGAGCGCUGGCAUCAGGCCGAGCCUGGCCGCUCCGGCAGCGAGCCCGGCACGGACUACAAGUACCAUGAGCUCCCAUGUGGGUACUACGGGUCCCACAAUACCUCACGGCGCCUGGUAUCUCCGCUUCGGUCCCGAUUUAAAUCCAGGCAGUGAGGAAAAUGGCGGUGCGGGGCUGAGUGUGGGGGAGAUGGAGAUAUAGCUGAGCUUUGGCUCAUUUCUCAGUGGUAAUUCUGGACCAACCUUUCCUGUAAGGACUGUAUGCUGCUAAGGCAUUCCUACUGGCUUCCGCUGUAGCAAAUACUAUGCUCGGAUGUGACUUAAAAUGAGUUCUGAUUCUGAAGGUCCUCUGUGCAGGAAAAAUAUGCAGUGCUUGAAUGUUUGCUAAGGACUAGUAAGUGACUGAUCUCAUAUUUGGAUUAUAUACACCUGAACAUUUUUAAAGCUACAGUUUAGUAUAUGAGAAGCAUGUACUUCAAAAAAAAGAAAAGGAUGGGAGGGAAGAAAGAAGAAAAAACCCAACUCUAACCAAAAGCCUUACUGCACCACUGCCAGAAAGUGAAAUUGCUGCUUAUAUUCUUGUGGAUUCCUGUCUAUCUGCUGAUGCAAGGUCAAGAUGAGUGGUUUAGGAGAAAACUCCUUAGACAGUUUGACUAAUGAGUCAAGGAAGCGCAAGCCAUUGCCCUGUGAUACACCGGGUGCAAGUCUGGUCUGCAGUGGUGAGAAGCGUCGACGUGAGCAGGAAAGCAAAUACAUUGAAGAACUGGCUGAGCUGAUAUCUGCUAAUCUGAGUGACAUUGACAAUUUCAAUGUCAAACCAGACAAAUGUGCUAUUUUAAAAGAAACUGUGAGACAGAUUCGACAAAUAAAAGAACAAGGAAAAGCAGUUUCUAAUGAUGAUGAUGUUCAGAAAGCUGAUGUAUCAUCCACGGGUCAAGGAGUUAUUGACAAGGAUUCAUUGGGACCUCUUUUAUUACAGGCAUUGGACGGCUUCCUCUUUGUUGUAAAUCGAGAUGGGAACAUAGUAUUUGUGUCAGAAAAUGUCACACAGUAUCUGCAGUAUAAACAAGAAGAUUUGGUUAAUACAAGUGUGUAUAGUAUCUUGCAUGAAGAAGACCGGAAGGACUUUCUUAAAAACUUACCUAAAUCUACAGUUAAUGGAGUUUCUUGGACUAAUGAAACACCUAGACAGAAGAGCCAUACAUUCAAUUGCCGGAUGAUGGUGAAAAGCUCUCAUGACCUCUUUGAAGAUGUAGGUGGCUACCAGGAUAUACGUCAAAGAUAUGAAACUAUGCAGUGCUUCGCUUUAUCGCAGCCAAGAGCUAUGAUGGAAGAGGGGGAAGAUUUGCAGUCCUGCAUGAUUUGUGUGGCGCGUCGUAUCACAACUGCAGAAAGGGUACUUCCAGCAAAUCCAGAGAGCUUUAUUACACGGCAUGAUCUUUCAGGCAAACUUGUCAACAUUGACACAAACUCAUUACGAUCAUCCAUGAGACCUGGCUUUGAAGAUAUAAUUCGUCGCUGCAUUCAGAGAUUCUUAUGCCACAAUGACGGGCAGUCAUGGUCAAAUAAACGCCACUAUCAUGAAGCUUAUACGCAAGGUCAUGCUGAAACCCCAUUGUAUCGAUUUUCUUUAGCGGAUGGUACAAUAGUGACAGCACAAACGAAGAGUAAACUGUUUCGAAAUCCUGUAACUAAUGACCGCCAUGGAUUUAUCUCUACCCACUUCCUUCAAAGAGAACAAAAUGGAUAUCGGCCAAAUCCUAAUUCUGUUGUGCAAAACAUCAGAACACCUGUGACUGGAAACACAAAUUCUGUUAAUGGUCUUAUGAACAUGUCACCUGGUCAAGCCAUGCCAAUGCAGAACAGAAACUAUGGGAUAGGAGAUCCCAAUGCAGUGGGUCAGCUCACCAGCACUCGAUAUGGAAGCCCUGGGAAUAUGGGGCCAGUGAACUCGGGAACAGGCAUGCAGUCCUCUGCUUAUCAGAGUAACAGUUUUGGGUUAAAUAUAAAUAGCCCACCACAUGGCAGUCCUGGCUUGACUUCCAGCCAACAGAAUCUAAUGGUGUCUCCUAGGAAUCGAGGGAGUCCAAAAAUGAGUUCACACCAGUAUUCUCCAGUUACAGGUAUGCACUCACCAAUGGGAUCUGCCAGCAACACUAGCAACAGCACUUUCUCUAGCAGUUCUCUUAGUGCUCUGCAAGCCAUUAGCGAGGGUGUUGGAAAUUCCCUUUUAUCAACACUUUCUUCACCGGGUCCAAAGUUGGAUAAUUCCCCAAACAUUAGCGUAACUCAGCAAAUUAAAGCAAGUACCCAGGACUCCAAAAGCCCUUCUGGUUUGUAUUGUGAACAAAACCAAGUGGAAAGUUCCAUCUGCCAGUCAAACAGCAGAGAUCUCCUUAGUGAAAAAGAUAACAAAGAGGGAAAUCUGGAGGCAUCUGAAAGUCAGAGAGGACCAUCUGAGAGCAAAGGGCAUAAAAAACUCCUUCAGCUACUUACGUGCUCCUCAGAUGAAAGAGGACAUUCUACAGCAUCAAACUCACCUUUAGACUCAAAUUGUAAAGAAUCUUCUACCAGCGUUACCAGUCCUUCAGGAGUUUCCUCAUCAACAUCUGCAGGGAUAUCUUCCUCCUCAAACAUGCAUGGGUCGCUCCUGCAAGAGAAGCACAGGAUUUUACAUAAAUUGUUGCAGAAUGGUAAUUCUCCAGCAGAGGUGGCCAAGAUCACAGCUGAAGCCACUGGUAAAGACACAUAUCAUGAUGCUAGUAACACAACCUCCUGUGGAGAAGGCACUGUCAAACAUGAACAACUAAGCCCUAAGAAGAAAGAAAGCAAUGCUUUACUAAGAUAUCUACUAGAUAAAGAUGAUAUUAAGGAACCACUUUCCAAAGACUUGAAGCCUAAAGUAGAAGGCAUGGAUAAUAAGAUGGGACAAUGCACAAGUUCUACAAUUCCUAUUUCAAGUCAAGAAAAAGAGAUGAAAUUAAAAAUGGAGCCAGCAGAGGAGAUGAAUGGAGACUUGGAUAAUUUGGAUGCAAUUCUAGGUGAUCUUACUAGUUCAGAAUUUUACAAUAAUGCUAUGUCUGCGAAUGGAGAUAACCCUGGAACAAAGCAAGCGUUAUUUCAAGGAAGUGCCCUGUUGGGUGUGAAGAGUCCCCAGUCUAUGCAGACUACUCGCCCACCUUUUCACAGAGCCUUGUCUUUAGACAGCCCUAUGGGCUCAGGUGCUUCAGUGAGGAACGUCAAUGCAUUCUCCAUGUUACAAAAGCAAAACUUGAUGGGUGGAAGUCCAAGAAUGAUUGAAAACCAAGAAAAUUUUGGAUCAAAUCUGGCAAGCGCUCCCCACAGAAAUGUGGCUAUGAAUCAGCAUCAGCCAGGAGACUGGGGUUUGCCAAACUCCAAAGUGAACAGACUGGAAUCUGCAAAUUCUGCUUCAAUGCUGAGACCAGGACCUGAAUUUGGUACAGCCCUUCCAAGGCCCCCAGAGGCUGGCUCUGUGUCUGGGCUGCCUGUUCGCUCCAACAGCAUACCUGGUACUAGGCCAAUGCUGCAACAGCAAAUGAUUCACAUGAAGCCAAAUGAGAUAAACAUUGACAUGGGAGGUAAUCCCUAUGGACAACCUGGACUUUCUAACCAACCUGGAUUGUGGCCUGACAAUAUGAUGUCGAUGGAGCAAGUGUCACAGGGUUCACAAAACAGACAAUUAGUUAGAAGCUCUUUGGAUGAUCUCUUAUGUUCGGCGCCAAAUAUGGAAGGCCAGAAUGAUGAAAGGGCACUUCUGGAUCAGCUGCACACACUAUUGAGUAAUACAGAUGUCACAAGUCUGGAAGAAAUUGACAGAGCAUUAGGUAUUCCUGAUCUUGUAAACCAAGGACAAGCUUUGGAACCCAAACAAGAUUCAUUUCAAGGUCAGGAAUCUUCAGUAAUGAUUGACCAGAAGCCUUUGUUAUAUGGUCAACCGUAUCAAGGGCAAGGGCCAGCAAUGCCAGGAAGUUUUAGUAACAUCCAGGGACAACAGCAGUCUUUUAAUUCAGUGAUGAAUCAAAUGAGCCAAGCAAGCAAUUUUCCUCUGCAAAGUAUCCAUCCCCGAGCAAAUGUGAUGAGACCUCGGACCAACACACCAAAGCAGCUACGCAUGCAGCUCCAGCAGAGGCUUCAGGGACAGCAGUUUAUGAAUCAGACCCGUCAAACUCUUGAAAUAAAAAUGGAAAAUCCAGUCAGUGGUACUAACUCAGUGAUGAGACCAGUUAUGCAGCCACAGGUGGGAUCCCAGCAGCAAGGUUUUCUUAAUGCUCAAAUGGUGGCUCAGCGUAACAGGGAACUAAUAAGUCACCAUUUUAGACAACAGAGGAUGGCAAUGAUGAUGCAGCAGCAACAGCAACCCCAGGCCUUCAGUCCACCACCAAAUGUGACAGCCUCAGGAAGCAUGGAUAGUGCUUUGACAGGCCCUCCAAUGGCUCAAGUUCCUUCACAGCAAUUCCCCUAUCCACCCAAUUAUGGAAUAAGCCAACAACCUGAUCCUGCAUUUAGUAGAGUAUCAAGCCCUCCCAAUCCAAUGGUAUCAUCAAGAAUUGGACCCUCCCAGAACCCUAUGCUGCAGCAUCCUCAGUCAGCAACAAUGUACCCAUCCUCAGAGAUGAAGGGCUGGCCCUCAGGAAGCAUCCCCAGAAACAGUUCUUUUCCCCAGCAGCAGUUCAGCCAUCAAGGUAGCCCAGCAGCAUACAGUAUGAUGCACAUGAAUGGCAGCAGUGGCCAUAUUGGACAGAUGAGUGUUAAUACCAUGCCUAUGUCAGGACUGCCUAUGGGUCCAGAACAGAAAUACUGCUGACAUCUAGAACCACAUCUUCAAACAAGAAUGGUUGAAUGCACUAGUAUUAGAAAGGAAAGUGACACAUUCUUCAUGGCAAGUCAUAUUGGGCUUAACAGAAACCAGUGAUUAAUUUUCUCAUCCAGAGGAAAACAAACCAAAAAAAACCCUACCCAACAAAAAUACAUUUUACUAGAAGCAGCCUAUGAAUCAACUCUAUGAUGCGGGGUACAAAAAAAGGUCAUCAUUAAGAUUUUUGGCACUCUUCCUCUAGGAAAGUGCAUUUGGUAAUGCCAUUUUAAUACAUUUGAUGAGUAGACUCCUGGAAUACCUUAUGUGUUUGCUGUAGCUACCUUUAGCCCAGGCAGAUGAAAGUGCCUGGAGAAGUCACAGUGGUCAGAAUUUCCUGAUUUCUCCAAUAACAAUAUCUGACAGAGAAUGUAGUACUUAGCCUUGACUCUUACAUGAAUCUAUGAAUAUAAAUGCUGCUUUUAGUCUAUUAUCCCAAGAGUCAGGGAUUUCCCAAGCAAAGUAGCAGUGCAAAAUUAAUUGGCACAUGCUAGUCUAAAAUCUUGUCUGUUGAAGCCAAGGGUUGAAAAGAGAGGAUAAACAAUUUAAAUUAUUUAAACACAAUUGUGACUAAUAUUUACAAAUUGCUGUGCAGCUGAGUGCACUUUAUAGAGGACUAUAUAAUGGAUUGAUGCAAUGUCUUUGAUAAGGACUUAAUAAGAAGGUAGGGUGUACUCAUAUUCCUUCACAAUCUCUCAAUAAUUACUUGAAAAGACUGCCUAAUGUAAUGUUUUCUGUGUAUGGAAAUUAGAGCAAUAAUCUUUCAUCUUUUUUUUUGAAAGAGGCUUCAGAAAACUCAAGGCAAGACACUGCAGCCAGAGUCAGAAUUUUGCAGUCCUUUUUGUGAAUAAAUUUUGUAAAUAUGAUCUUUAAAAUAAUGUAUUAUAUAUAUGACUUUUGUAGGUCACUAACUCAUUUUUGCAGAGUUUGUGAAGCUAAAUGUUUAACAAAAUUGAUUUCUGGAAACUGAGUGUAGUUGAGAUCCAAUUUUUUUUUUUUUUUUAAAUUACAUUUAAGGACUUUGAAGCUGGGUGACCUUGGCCCACAUAUUUCUCUUCUUUGGUCUCCAACACCUCAUUUAUUUUUACAUGUUUAACACAGAGCUUUUUAUAAAAAAAUAGGCCAGUUGUUCAAUACUUUCUCCACCUGUGAGCACUUCUGUUACAUUUCUUCUUACCUAAGGCAGUUUGACAUGAAGGCUCUGCUUUCUAAGAUCUUACAACUUGUCGGGACAGACAUGUCUGUCUGUACUAAGUUGCCUUUUCAAUUGAUGAAUCUGGAUUGUGUCUUCGUGGUCAAUUUUAAUGAACUCAAAAUGUUUUUUGAAAAUGUUUGUCUGUUGCAAAAUACUUGUUAUUAUGUAACAUCCAGAAAUCUUUAAGGAUAGUAAGCCACAUUUUAACCAAAUGUCUACACCUCAUUGGAUUAUUCUAAUAGUAACGAAUGUAUUUUCUAAGCAGAUUUCUGUCAUAGCAGUAUUUAAGUGUGGUUACAUAUUAUUUGCUGGUAGCACGGGGGUUUUUUCCCCCCUCCGUUUUGGGUGCUUGAAAUGAAGAUCCCUUUGCACUUUUUGCAGUUACAAGGAAUUAAACCGCUAAACCUUCCUAAGGGAUGACCCAAAAAUGUUUAAGAUGUGUGGUGCUUCUGUUCUGUUGUUCGUUGUGUAAUGGAAAACUGAUUUCUCCCAAGUGAGUAAAAGAAACCAAAAAUCCC